AUGACACACACACUAAGUGCACUGGGGUUUCUGCUCCUUUUAUAUCUGGACCUAGUUUCUGCACACCACGUUUCUCGAAGCUGCGAUCCCCAUAGCAGUGGGUCUGGCAAUAACUCCACCGGCCAGCCGUUGUCCGGCGUCAGUGCUGGGGGUGGUGCGCCUCCCGCCAACAGUACCGACACUAGCUUCUCGUCGUGUUUCCCGUCUGCAGAUUUCAAGAUGCCGUCUAGUAUUCCCAGCUCGACCGAUAAUUGGUGGUGUUCACCAGAUACCGAGUAUGCAUUCCUUGGAUUCAGUUAUGAGGUCACUGCUUGCCAAUCUGCAAGCAAGCUUAAGAGUGACUUUGCUGACAUCAAGAACACCUUUGGAUCGAGAUAUGUCCGCCUUUAUGGUGCUUGCGACAGUGACGGUUUCUACGAUGAUAUCGUUGACGCUGCAUGGGAAGCAGGUCUAGGCGUUCACGCUCUGAUCUGGUUCGGAUUCGAUGGAGGCGAUCAGUGGAUGGCUCGCCGUGACUCGCUGGUUUAUUCGCUUACUAGCAACCCCAAGGCCAAGUUCGUCACUCGGGGUGUUCAAUUUGGUUCUGAGCCACUGUUCGAUAACGUACUGCCGCAUUCAGAGCUCGCAUCCCAGGUCUCGUCUUUGAAAUCCACGCUCCUUGGCGUCGGCAUCCCUGUUACUGUCAGCGAACUUGCAUAUGGAUACCAGGAGCGUGGCGGGGCUCAAGAUGUCCUCGAUGCUAUCGACUUUAUCAAUGUCCACAUGCUUCCUUUUUUCUCGACUAAUGCAACCAAUGGUUCUGCUGCAUGGCCGCUCGUUGAAACUGACAUGAACUGGUUUAUUCAACAUGGUGAUGGCAAGAAGAUGUAUUUUGACGAGAACGGCUGGCCCUCCGUUACUUCACCUAACGUUCAGCCAAAUAGCGCUCUUGCUGAGGCCUCAGUGCCUAGCGAGAAGGGCUACUUCACUAUGCUUGAUAGGCAUUGCAAAGAUCUGAAACAGGGCCCUCAAGGUGGUAUCGGUUGGUUCGCUCAUAUCUACAGCGACAACCAGGAGCCUGGUUACGGCAUCUACAACACGACAGGGCAAAAGAAAUUUUUCAACGCCAACCCCAAGGGGUGA